AUGUACAGGUCAUUCAAUGAGAUGGAGUUGAGAGGACAGUUCGAGAUAGGUCUUGCUAAGAUUAAAAUCACCAGGAGUGGUCGCCACAGUAACACAAUGGACAACCUGACCAGUUACCCAGACUGGCUUGAGAGUUGCUUGUCAAAUGACCAGCGGUCAGACAGCAAUGAUGGUGAGACGAGUGGGCAAAGUAUCAAUAGCAAUCUGUCAUCGGAGGACCGCAAAGGUACAUAUGCCAGAUUGAGAUCAGCUUCAAAACCACACUCCACGCCACUGACACUGAAAUGGCUUGAAGAGAACUAUGAAAUAGCCGAAGGAGUGUGCAUCCCGCGUAGCACCUUGUACGUUCACUAUCUGGACUACUGUGAGAAGCACGACUCCCAGCCUGUCAAUGCAGCUAGUUUCGGCAAGAUCAUUCGGCAACAGUUUCCACAACUGACCACGAGAAGAUUAGGAACACGAGGCCAAUCAAAGUACCACUACUAUGGAGUCGGCGUCCGUGAAACUUCGCUUUACUAUGAGGUUGGAUACUCGGCAAAAGGUGUUCAAAGCUCAACGGAUGGAAAGAAAGAUCCGGCAAAACAGAUAGUGGCCUACUCGCCUCGGUCCAAACUUGGAACUCUUUUGCCCGAAUUUCCUGAAAUCAAAGACAUCAAACUCCCAUCAAAUGUCGCUGAGGAGAAGGUACUGACUUUUCUAAUGAUGUAUAGAACCCAUUGCCAAAGAAUUCUGGACACAGUCAUCAGAGCUAACUUUGACGAGGUACAGAGUUUCUUGCUUCAUUUCUGGCAAGGGAUGCCCAGCCACAUCAAGACGAUCCUUGAGUGUAAAGUGUUGGUCACAUUGGUCGGCGUUUGCGACUCCAUACUCUAUAGAGCCAUCGCCAAUGUGCUCAUGCCGACCGUGCUGCAGCCCUUACCGGAUAGUUUGACACAAGUGAUUCGACAGUUUUCUGAACAGCUGGACGAGUGGCUACGUAGAGCUUUGGACUCUCUUCCGAGACCACUGCAGAGAAUAAAAUUUGAUUUAGCACGAGGGUUCGCGCAAGUCCUGAAGCGACAAACAUCCCUAAACCAUCUGUGCCAGGCUGCUCGGACAGUGGUCAACUCUGCGGACAUAACUGCACAGAUGCUGGACGAUUGGUUCAAUGUGGACCUCAAUAGUAUUAUCAAACAGACUCUCUAUACCACGGAGACGGGGACCGACACGGAUAGUGUCUGUAUCGUCAAACUGGCAAGGGACUUCGAGAUACUGCUGGAGGAUCAGGCACCUGUAGAAUCUUACAUAGAGUGGCUGGACGGAAUGGUAGAUAGCUGUGUCGUCCAGAAAUGUGGUCAGCCAUCUCGGGCAAUGCAGAAGACAGCGCGGCAAUUUCUGUUGAUGUGGAGCUGCGUAGGAACAAGAGUCAUACGGGACAUGACGCUGCACAGCGCUCCUAGCUUCGGUUCAUUCCAUCUUCUACAUCUGAUGUUCGACGAGUAUGUUCUGUAUGUGGUAGAAAACCUGCAUAAUCAAGAUAAAGCACAUGAACUUUUGAAAGCAGUGAAAGGGGAAAUAAGCAUCAGUAUGUCAAACAGUUCUGUUCCUUGA